AACUGAAACCCUGAAACCAUUGCCCUUUCUUAACCCACCCACCGGAAAUUAACCCGGUCGAGUUCCGCCGGCCGAGAAGCACCAUGUGGAUUGUGAACUCUCUCUCUGCACCUGCUUCAAAAAUUUGGCAUGCGUGUGGAGUAGUCUGAUGUCUGAACACUCUUGAAGUCUGAAUAAAGGUUCAACUGGCAUUUCCUUUAAAAGUAAUUUUGGAAUUGGUAUUUCCCUAAUGGGAUCCGUCAAACUGUAAGAUCUUGAUCCUCUCUGCUUCUAUAGAGAAGAUCAAGAUUCAGUUGCAGCAGACCCGCACCUGUUUAGCAAAGACAUCUCUGAGUUAAUGGCGCUUCUCUGCCGGACUACUCCACAUGCAUGCCAAAUGUUGGAAAAUCGGACUACGACGGUGACGUUUUAGAUACUAGUCAAUAAUCUGCCGACGGCUAAGCUCACCGUGGAGUCGGUUGAGACCGUCAACAACCUCAUAUCUUGCACGGUGCAGAAGAUCAAGGCCGCCCUUCACUACGAAAACCGAGAGAGUGAGGAGACUGAAGGUGCGGGUGCUGGCUGUAACUGUCCUUACUUGCUCGAAGACGACUAAUCCAACGUUUGUGUAUCCCAAUAAAUAAUUAGCAGCAGCAUCCCAAGUGGAUUGACUGAAAUAUAUAAAAGCAUGAAAUCACACUAGUGUGUACAUGCAGUUUCAGUCGUCUCAUAAACAUCAAACAUCGAUGUGGAGGGUUUCAGGUCUGAAAUUGGAGAAAGAGAAGGGAUUACGGAAGGUCGAGGGAUACUUACCUCCAGCCGGAACGGUCAUCGGCGUUGAUCGGUGGAACUCGAAGAGAGCAAUCUCCGGCGGAUUACGGAAGAUAGAGAGUUUCAGGUCUGAAAUUGGAGAAAGAGAAGGGGAUGAUGCCCUUUUGGGCGAGAGGGAGCUAACGGGGCGGAAUUAACGGCCGUCUUAUGAGCUUCGCACGAGUCUCUUUAUUUCGCGUGUGAUCGGACACGUGGCGCGCCCACAACGCGUGAGAUGUAUUUGGGGGGCAACUCUGUGGGGGGCGGAUGCGAACGCCCAUACCACUCAGCCUAACUUAACGAGAUAUUGGCACGUUGCAGUAAGAGCCAUUUCCUAUAUAAUUUUCUCGUUCCAAGCUCUCUCUCUCUCUCUCAAUUUUCCCUCUGUUCGACCCACUCGAUCUUUUUCCUGCAACUCAAGACGAAAACCAAACGGGUUCUGCAUCGUUUUGGGUUCUUGAUUUCAAUCCAAUCACCAUUUCUAUUUCUUUCUCUCGAUCUUGAUUCUUCCGAACUAUGGGUUGGACCGUAAGAGAAAAGCAUAUCCGAAGCAGUCGGAAAACUCGAUCAAUAAAACUUGAUAUAGAUUGCAACCUCUCGGAUAGAACCGGAAUCCCCUCCUCAUUUCAUGAAUUCUGCUUGAAGCCAUCCGAUCAUCGGAGUUCCGAUGACGACGAUCAGAAUGGUUCCGGGAAUCCUAACAUUAACCCUAAUUAUGAUGAGAGUGGUUGGGGGUACUGUACUGAAGAUCAAUUAGAAGAGUUAUUGCUAAAGAACCUCGAGUAUUUGUAUAAUGAAGCAAUCUCUAAACUCGUAGCGCUUGGAUAUGACGAAGACGUUGCCUUAAAAGCGAUCUUAAGAAAUGGGCAUUGCUACGGUAGCAUGGAUGUUCUCACGAAUAUCCUGCAGAAUUCACUCGCUUACCUUAAUAGUACGUUUGUAAAUAAUCUGCACAAUGGGAAUUCUGAGGAACCUGAACCAGUUUUUGGGGAUCUGAGGCAACUGGAGGAGUACUCACUGGCAGGCAUGGUCUGCUUACUCCAGCAGGUUCGGCCCCAUUUGAGUAAAGGAGAUGCUAUGUGGUGUCUUCUCAUGAGUGAUCUGCAUGUGGGCCGAGCCAGCACAAUGGAGAUCCCAGUCCUUCCCCCCACCAAUGGUGGUGCUGGUAGUGCUGGUGGUACCGGUCCUGUUCCUGGUCCUGGUCCUACUGCUGGCAAUGGUGAACCUACAAGCAACAACCCAGUUGGUCUUGCUCCCGGACUAUGCAAAUUUCAUGGUGGUUGGGGAUUUGGAAAUGGAAUUCCAUCAGAUGUCCCUAUUUAUGGCGGGUUCUCAUCAUGUCUUGAAACUACAUUGAACAAAGACAUUGAGUGUCCAAAGAGGUUCAACCUCACACCGUCAAUGAAGUCUCUGUUGAAAAGAAAUGUUGCAAUGUUUGCUGCGGGAUUCCGGGCAAAUGCAAAAGCAGUUGUAGUACAAUCUCAGGCACAACCACAGGUUUGUCCAAGCUCUUUAUCUGGUGAUGAACCACCCUCGGGGGUAGCAUCUGGGUCAGAAGUUCAAGCUGUUCAGCAUGAGGAGCCUCGAGAUUCACAGCCUUCUGAUGUUGUGACCUCUGUUUUGAGUAGCUUGGGUAGUUUGAGUCUUGAAGAGAAGCAAGAUGGUGGCACAGCUGACAUGAAGAAUGAGAUAAUCUUGAAUCUGAUCCAUCAGAUUAGGGAGCUUGAAGGACAAGUUAAGGAUCGCAAGGAGUGGGCCCACCAGAAAGCAAUGCAAGCUGCUAGAAAACUGAGCAGUGAUCUAACAGAACUUAAGAUGCUAAGAAUGGAGAGGGAGGAGACUCAACGGCUUAAGAAGGGUAAGCAGGCUCUUGAGGACACAACCAUGAAGAGGCUCUCAGAGAUGGAGAAUGCCCUAAGAAAGGCAAGUGGCCAAGUUGACCGUGCAAAUGCAGCUGUGAGAAGGCUUGAAACUGAGAAUGCAGAGAUACGGGCAGAGAUGGAAGCUUCCAAGUUAAGUGCAUCAGAAUCAGUUACAACCUGUUUGGAAGUUGCAAAGAGAGAGAAGAAGUGCCUUAAGAGGCUUCUGGCUUGGGAGAAACAGAAAGCUAAGUUGCAGGAGGAGGUAGCCGAGGAGAAGCAGAAGAUUGCUCAGCUGCAACAACAGUUAACCUUGGUCAAGGAAUCUCAAAGGGAAACUGAGGUAAAGUGGAGGCAGGAACUGAAAGCUAAAGAUCUAGCCAUUGCACAGGUAGAGGAGGAUAGAAGAUCAAAGGAAGCAGCUGAGGCAACUGCUAAAAGAAAGCAGGAGGCCUUACGUCGGAAGAUAGAGAUAGACUUCCAGAGGCACAAGGAUGAUAUCCAAAGGCUGGAACAGGAACUGUCUCGUCUCAAAGCAACCGCAGAAUCUACUCAACUAAGUAACCCAUCUAAUACCAUGUCUGCAGAAGCAAAGAUCCAGAAAGAAACAAAUUUGAAGUUGAUUGAAGAACUAUAUAAAUUGGAAGAUUCUUCUGAUACAGAAACAAACAUUGAGAGGGAAUGCUUGAUCUGUAUGAAGGAUGAAGUCUCAGUUGUUUUCCUUCCAUGCGCCCAUCAAGUUCUGUGUGCUAAUUGCAAUGAGGAUUACAACAAGAAGGUAAAAGCUACUUGUCCAUGUUGCCGGGUCAAGAUCGAACACAGAAUCCGUGUCUUCGGUGCAAGCUCCUAGUUUGGUUAAAUAAGUUCUGUGGAUGAGUAAUAAACUUGGUGGGUUAAAAACUAUACAUUAUAAUCCCUCACCAUCAUUGUCAUUGAUGGUUUUGUUGCUAUCUUGCACUUUAAGGACAUAUCCGGGUGUAUCAACAUCAUUAUCUGCAAAUAAAGUAUGCCUUGUCUCAGGUUGUACUUUGAUACGAGUAAAAGGAAUGCUCAUUACUUGGUGAACAAAUUGUUGGUUGCCAUUAUCUUUAUAUUUUAGCAAAUGCUUCCGUAACAUCAGAUUUUGGGGAAAAUAAAGUAUGCAUUUUGGGGAAAAACUAUGCUGAUAAUAAAACACAAAUAUUAUGUUGUA